GCAAAGUUGGAAGUCAGGAUCAAGCUAAUUAACAUAUGUGGACUGAUAGUGCUUGUUGCAAAGCCUGUUCGGGUGUGUGGGGAUCAGAAUUCCAAGUGGGGUUCAGUCCCAACAGGUUGAAAUGACUCAACAGUUUUUCAUAGACUUGAAUCCCUUGGACUUGACUGUCCGAGAUUGGAACCAAACAGGCCAUGGCAACCUUUGAAACAGUCAUGGGGAGGAUUCGUGACUCUUGGACAUCAAGAGUGAUCUCAGGGUUUGGGUCUUCCUCUGGGAAAGAACACAAAUUGCUGCAAUAAGCUUCAUCAACCUUCAUGCCAACAACCUGGAAUGGCGUCAGAGAUUUUUGUGUUCCUUUUAGAUGCUGUUUACAGGAAAGUUUACCACGAAACAGAUUUCGUGUACUAACUGAACGUCUCCGAAUGGCCUGUAAAAAGCAUGCAUAAGUUGUUGCUACUCACUUGAUAGUAAAAGUUGCUUAAAACAUUUGACAUACAAAACAAUAGAAACGGAAUGCUUGUCAGUAUGAUCAAGCAAUGUGGUAAUAUACUUGGAUCGAAACCGGCACCGACUUCGUACACUUCAAAAGGUUUGACGAUGCUAGCCAAGAAAAGAAAAAGAGCGAGAAAACAGAGGGCAUACAAAUGUAGCCGAGCUAGACGAGCAUAUGUGCGGAGAAGAGCGUCAAAAACCACACCGAAGAAGCGCAGGCGCAGGCGGAGGCGAAAGACACGACUCAAUGCACGACGUGCACCCCAAGCUCGACUAACUCCUCGAUCUGAAUCAACUUCAGUGCAGGAUAGCGAUUCAGACUCUGAGAGUUCCUUCAAAAGGACACGCAAGAGUGCACCAAAAGAGAAAGCAGACAACGCGAGUGUUUCGAACAAGAGACCAUGCAGGCGCAGGGCACGAGAGAAAAACAAUGAAACCACAAAACAAUCAAUGUCUGAAUCUUUUCAGAAGUCGAUACCAGCAAGCAAAUACAUUUCUUUUGACGCUUACCAGGCUGCUGUUGAAAAGUGGAACUCGGAUAUGACACAAGCGCAAUUGGAGGCACAAGGCGUAGGAGGUGCAGCGUUUCCCCCUCCAGGAUCAAAAUCCUAGAGUUUCCAAAGCAGCUAUCAUCCCUGUGACAAAUCUCCUUGUCAGGAAGGAAACAUCACAAACCAUCGAGUAUUGAGCCCCGGGUUAAUUUUUCAGUCUUGAGUCGACUGAGUAGUGCAAAGAAAGCAGAGUUACUUGUACUAUGUAAACGAAACUUAUAGAAUUAUUUCUUGUGGACAUAUCUGAGCCAAAUGCUCAAAACUGUCAUGUAACAAAUCAGGAGAAAACUAUGAUGGGUGAAAUUGAAGAAAUCAUGAUAUCGUGAUGCA